CUCAGCCAGGGCUGCUGCACGUCUCCGAGCUGCUCGGGAGCGCGCCCCGGGGCUCCGCCCUGACUCCCGUAGCGGCCUGGGUCUGCAUCCUGAGGCUGGAGCUGGCGGGUCCCGGACAGGAAAGGAAGACCUAGAGAUUUCAAGAUUUGCGAAAGAAACAAGCUUGUGCCGUUCUGAAGACUGAAAAUUUGGGGACUCAUAAAAUAGGCAGAGGAAUAAAGAUACCAUCUGAGAAGUGGAAACUGUGUGAAGCCUACCAUCAUUGAUUCCAGGUUCCAGCUCACAGUCUACAUGGUCUGAAAAACUAGAAGCCAAGGCAUUAACCCAAAGUUGGCCCAGACAACCUGUUUGAAAUGUGGUGGUUCCAGCAAGGCCUCAGUUUCCUGCCGUCAGCACUUGUAAUUUGGACAUUUGCUACCUUUAUCUUCUCAUACAUCACUGCAAUAACACUCCACCAUGUUGAUCCUGCAUUGCCUUACAUCAGUGAUACUGGUACAGUACCUCCAGAAAGAUGCCUCUUUGGAGUAAUGCUAAAUAUUGCUGCAGUUUUAGGUAUUGCUACCAUGUAUGUUCGUUACAAACAAGUUCAUGCACUGAAUCCUGAAGAGAAGCUUAUCAUCAGAUUCAACAAAGCUGGCCUUGUACUUGGAAUACUGAGUUGUUUAGGACUCUGUCUUGUGGCAAAUUUUCAGAAAUCAACACUAUUUGUUGCACACGUAUGUGGAGCUGUGCUUGCCUUUAGUAUGGGUUCAUUGUACAUGUUUGUUCAAACCAUCCUUUCCUACCAAAUGCAACCUAAAAUCCACAGCAAACAAGUCUUCUGGAUCAGACUCCUGUUGGUUAUCUGGUGCGGAGUAAGUGCGCUAAGCAUGCUGACUUGCUCAUCAAUUUUGUACAGUAGUGAUUUUGGUGCUGAUAUAGUACAGAAACUACACUGGAACCCUGAGGACAAAGGUUAUGUGCUUCACAUGGUCACUACUGCAGCAGAAUGGUCUAUGUCAUUUUCCUUCUUUGGAUUUUUCCUGACUUACAUUCGUGAUUUCCAGAAAAUUACUUUACGGGUGGAAGCCAAUUUACAUGGAUUAACCCUCUAUGACACUGCUCCUUGUCCUGUUACCAAUGAAAGAACACCACUGCUUUCCAGAGACUUUUAAUGAAGGGAUAAAAUACUUCUGUGAUAAUUAUGAUUCUCAGGGAUUUGAGAAAGAUGCAGAAAAGUUGCUUAUUAUACUCUGAAAAUUUGAAUCAGUUAAUCAAGGCUGACAGUGACAUUAAUGAACGAUAAUAAUCAAGAGACGUGUAAUAAGCCACCUGAUCAGUUUUCUUAAAGGAUGUCAUUUAGAUUAUCUAAAAAUAUUUAUGCCUAGACUUUUUAAUCUCAGAAAAUAAAACCAAAGGAUAAUACCAUUGUAGUGUUUGCUACUUUAUUGAAGAAAAACAGAUUGAAAUACACCAACUUGUUUGUAUAACUGGCCUUAAAUAUUUUGUAAGUCAUUUUAAAACCAUCUUUUUUUAGGAGCACUUUUAUGAGAGGCAUUUUCUAUGACCCAUAAUAAUCAGUAUUGAUUAGUAGACAUUUAGAAUCAGGGUUUGAAACUGAUUGUAUUUAAUUUAUUAAUACAUUUUUUAUAGUGCUUAAAAAUGUGUUAUCGUUGUUGUUGUGGAAUCCCCGCCUGGGAAUAGGAGAUGGUCUGAGUUCUUCUGAGUUCUAAGAUGGCUUAAAUUUUGCACACAAAAAAAAUCAGUGGGUAUUUAUUUGAUUCUGGAUACAUGAGUACUAACAGAUCUAUCAUACGUGUUUGCAAUAAUUUCAUAGAUCUGGUCUCUGAGAUUAUACUUUUAAUUAACAGUGAAAGAGGUAUUUGUUGUAAGUAUGCUACCAUCUUGUUCUUUAUAAAAGUAAAGGUUAAUAAGUGAUGACAACCUGAAUUUAAUAUGCGGGACCCACAUAAUGGAAAGAAAAGAUUCCUGCCAAUUAUUCUCUGACCUCCAUAUGUGUAUGCACAUGCACAAUACGUAAAUGUGAAAAUAGAUAAUAAAUUAUUGAUGUUCCUAAAUAAGAUUGUAAUGUCUGUAGACAAAAGUAGAUAGGAUUAAUAACAAAUAAAAGUUACUCUACACUACAGGUAGGAGCUUCUUUACUUUUCACUUAUAGAAAAUUUCAUUACUAGUAAAAGUAGUUUUGAAUAGAUAAUUAACCUUUUUACUGGAAUUUGAUCUUUUUAGAAUAUAGAUCUGAAGAAGAGACCAAAAUCCAAAAUUAAAACCUAACUAUAAGAUAAUAGUAAUAUUUGAACUUUUUUUCUCCUGUCAUGCUAUGAUUGUAAAGUUUUUACUUAGAUCUCUGUAUAAGUAAAGGACAGUUUCUAGAUCCCCAUUAAGAUUAAAAGGGAGAAAAUAGUUGACCUAGAAAAUGCCUAUAGUCUAUCUGGUUUGUAAAAAAUAACGUGGUUUAUAUUUUUAGAAGAGAUGGUACUGAGACCAGAAGAAAAGAUGGUGAGGAAAAGUUUUAAAUGUAUCAAGGAAACUGUUUAUGUGGUGGAACUGUAGACUUCAAUUAUAAGUUGUUAAGUACAAAAAUGAGUAACUAUUUUUGAAGAAAUUUCUUAGACUAAUGGAGAAAUGGAGUAUUUGCCUGUGCCAAGCAACAAUGAACAUGGGAGACAUUUCAGGAAACAUUGAUUGAUUGACUGUUGCUACUACUAGAACAAAUUGCACACAAAUCAUGAAAAGCUAUUAAUGAAAAACCGUACUGUAACCACACAUGGAAAGUGUCUUUUCCUGUGGUUUCUCUCUACUACCCAGUCAGCUUAUGAAGUUUCCUUGGUAUGAUGAGCCGGAAAGUGAUGGAGCGAAAAUUCGUGAGGGUAAAUGUGGGGAAGGCGAAGAGAAAAACAUAGGCUGUUAGAAUUAGCCCUUCUCAGACUCUUACCCUUAGAGAGACAGUUCAGAAAAACAUAGGCUGUUAGAAUUAGCCCUUCUCAGACUCUUACCCUUAGAGAGACAGUUCAGGCAAGAAAGAGAUUGUUGCAAGGUGAGUUGUUACUAGUUUGACAGUAUUUAAAUUCUACUAGUUAACAUUUACCCUUUGACAUAACAAAGACUGAAAACAUGAAUAGGUUUAAAAAAAGAAUUAUGAACCAAGAGAGAUGUGGGGUAUCAUUCCCUAACCUUAAGGCUGAAGUGAUGAUAGACAGUGGCUCUCUUCCUCAGUAUAUCAUCCCUGCUAGUACUGCCAAAUACAAGUAUGGAUUAACAGAUAUUUUUAUUUUAUCUCCCUUUUUUUGUUUGUGGGGGAUUUCAGGUGUUUAGCUUUCCAAUUAAGAAAUCUUAAAGUAAUAAACUUGGCAGGUAUUGAGAGUGAAAAUUCUUAUUUCCUUUUUGCCUUGGAUACACAGACUAUAUUCUGUAGCUACCUCAAUUUUAUGUAGGCAUGGGAUUGUACUAUAGAAAUGU